AUGCAAAUCUCGUUCGUUGCUCUUUUGGCUUUUGCCACUGCUGCUCUUGCUUGCUCCCAGGGAGAGGACUGCUGCUGGGCUGAUCUCACGGCUUGUGAGCAGGAGAAUGGAGAUGAUUCCAGCUCGUGCCACACUCGUGACUUCAUCUUCGCUCAGUGCGAGAACUUUGGUGUUGAAUGUGCCGAUGGAGACUGCUGCAGCAUCAAGUCUGGAGAGGUCAUUGAGUGUGUUUAA